AUGUCUGCGGUGGCUUCAGGUGCUGCCCUGCCGUUGAUGACGAUUGUGUUCGGGCAGUUUGCAACGCGCUUCACGCAGUUUACUGGCGGUGACGGGGAGGUCAGUCCGUCAGAGUUCCGCAACCAUGUCGAUGGUUUCGUCCUCUGGUUUAUUUAUCUCUUCAUCGGCCGGUUUGUUAUCUCGUACAUUGCCACGGUGACCGCCUCGGUGGCCGCCAUCCGUGUCACUCGUACAAUUCGGCUGAAAUUCAUGAGAAGCGUCCUCAGGCAAGAGGUGGCACAUUUUGAUCGCUCGAUCGGCUCCAUUUCAGCUCAGGUCACUACAAAUGGCACUCGAAUCAACCUGGGCAUAGCCGAAAAAUUGGUCAUUCUACUACAAGCUAUUUCACUAUUUGUAUCUGCGUUUGUUGUCGCGGUGGUGAUUCAAUGGAAACUAGCCUUGAUCACCAUGAGUAUACUCAUUCCUAUCAUUCUUACAAUGACUAUCAGCAUUGCCAUUGACACCAAAAUCGAAACGCCGAUUGUGAGACUACACUCACAAGCUGCGGCUGUAGCCCAAGAGGCUUUGAGCUCUAUCAAGACGGUCCAUUCAUUCUGGGGCCAUGAGAAACUCCUCAGGACCUACGAUAAGUACCUCACUCUGGGUCACGAGCGCGCGAAAUCGAAGCGCCUAAACACCGCCGGGGGAAACGGCAUCUUUCACUUCUGCAUAUUUGGCGGGACUGCACUUGCUUUUUGGCAAGGCUUUCGCAUGUAUCAGGCUGGUGAGAUUGACGGUGUUGGGAGGGUGCUGACUGUCGCCCUGUCAGUUAGCUUGGGAUCUACCGCAAUGUCAUCCAUUGCCCCACAACUCAUUCAUAUCGCCAAUGCUUCUGCCGCAGCUACCGAACUGUUCUCAGUCAUCGACAAAAAGUCGCAGCUCGAUCCACUCUCACCAGAUGGAGACCGGCCUUCAACCUGCAAAGGUGACAUCGAGAUUCGCAAUGUGUCAUUUGCGUACCCCACACGAUCAUCGGUCAAAGUCUUGAAUGGUCUGAAUCUGGCGAUUCCCAACGGAAAAACCACUGGUUUAGUCGGAGCAAGCGGCUGUGGCAAGUCGACCGUCGUCGGCCUACUCGAGCGAUGGUAUGAACCUAAUGCCGGUGAGAUUCUGCUGGAUGGUCGAGACAUUUCCGACUACAACAUGAAGUGGUUGCGCGGUAAGAUUCGGCUGGUCCAGCAGGAGCCCGUUCUCUUUCGAGGCACAGUGUUCGAAAACGUAACCAAGGGACUUGUAGACGAGCAAGUCGCGCUGCCGCGGCAUGAGCAACUUGAAUUGGUCAAGACAGCUUGCAAACUGGCCAACGCACAUGACUUUGUGGAGAACCUCCCCAAUGGCUACGACACGGAAGUCGGUGAACGCGGUGGAAUGCUCAGCGGAGGCCAAAAACAACGUCUGGUUAUUGCCCGUAGUAUCAUAUCCAACCCCAGGGUUUUGCUGCUCGAUGAGGCUACCAGUGCUCUUGACACAAGAUCAGAGCACAUUGUCCAAGACGCCCUAAACAAGGUGUCCAGAGACCGCACAACACUUGUUAUCGCUCACAAGCUGUCUACCAUUCAGGCUGCGGACAACAUUGUGGUUCUCUCGGAAGGCCAGGUAGCUGAACAAGGCACGUAUGCCGAACUCCUUGAAAAGGGAGGCUUCUUCGCUGCCCUAAUUAACAGCCAGAAACUUGGCGACACCGAUGCGACACCUGAAGAGAUUGAAACCCCUGCAGAGCCAACUAGCGUACGCCAUGAAAAGUUGGAGCUCUCUAGACUUUCUGAGGAUACUGAGCAAACUGAUCCUCACCAGACAACUGGCACCUUGAACUACUCGCUAGUUCGUUGCCUAGUUGUGAUGCUCCGAGAGCAGGGAGGUCUGAAAUUAUACCUGAUCUUACUGUUCUUGACAUGUUUCGUUGGUGGGGGUUUGUACCCUGCUCAAGCAGUCCUGUUUGCAAGGCUCAUUGACGUAUACACAUUGACUGGCUCUGAAGCCAAGCAGAAAGCCGAUUUCCUUGCAAUGAUAUUCUUCAUCUUCGCCAUCAUCAAUAUGUGUUCCUACGCCAUCAUUGGCUGGGUGGGAAAUCACGUCGGCCAGGUCGUUGUACAUCGAUAUCGCCUGGAGAUCUUCCGUCGCCUGUUGAGCCUUGACCAAGAGUUUUUUGAUAUCCCCCAGAACACUUCUGGAGCACUGGCGUCGAAGCUUUCCCUGGUCCCAGACUCCAUUAACGAAAUGCUGUCUAUCACGCUGUUUCUCCUCCUGAUCUGCUCUAUCAACAUUGUGGCGUCCAGUACCUUGGCGAUUUCUUUUGGAUGGAAACUGGGCCUGGUUGUCGUCGCGGCGGGCCUUCCCAUUCUUAUAGGAUGUGGAUACGCACGCACAAAACUCGAGGCCAAGUUUGAACUUGAGACGAACGAGCGGUUUGCAGAUACGGCCGCGCUCGCAACGGAAGCAGUCACAUCUAUUCGAACGCUGGCUUCUUUGAGCCUUGAAGAGCCAAUCUAUAACGAAUAUCGCGUCACGCUGGACCGCAUUGCGAAGUCUUCCCUCUCGACGAUCACACUUACCUCAUUGGGCUACUCGCUCUCCCAGUCACUGGAGUUCUUGCUCAUGGCACUCGCAUUCUGGUAUGGCUCUCGCUUAUUAGCGACUGGAGAAUAUAGCGUGACGCAGUACUUCACUGUCUUCCUGUCAGUCCUCUUCGGAGGUCAAGCCGCAGGCCAGAUCUUCGCUUAUGCCACUUCAGCUGUCAGGUCCCAGUGGGGAUCGAACUGGAUCUUGUGGCUACGAACACUUGAGGCUAAGAUCUGCGAAAACGAAGAGAAUAAAGACGUCGGACCUACAGGCGAUGGUUCGCUGUCCGUUGAAGAUAUCGAAUUUCGAUACAAGCAACGAGGUGCAGCGCGUGUUCUCGACGGUAUAGGCAUGAAAAUUCCGUCUGGCUCUCACGUAGCUUGUGUCGGCGCCUCAGGAUGUGGCAAAAGCACUCUUAUCGCCCUACUUGAACGCUUCUACGAUCCAAUCGCAGGGCGAAUUACGUACGGGUCCACUGACAUCAGAAAAUUUUCGCCACGUCUCUACCGCGAUCAAAUAUCCUUGGUUCAACAAGAACCUACACUUUAUGAUGGCUCUGUCCGCGACAACAUCGCUCUCGGCGUCACUUACGAGCCAUCAACCGAGGAUAUCCUCGGUGCUUGUCGCCAGGCGAAUGCAGCCGCCUUCAUCCAGUCUUUGCCAGAAGGACUGGAUACUCCCUGCGGUUCCAAAGGCCUCCAGUUCUCGGGUGGGCAGAGACAACGGAUUGCCAUUGCCCGAGCUUUGAUCCGCCGGCCACGAUUGCUACUUCUGGACGAAGCCACCUCUGCUCUGGAUACACAGAGUGAGAGGGUGGUCCAGGAGGCAUUGGAGAAGGCGGCUGCGACUCGGACGACUGUCGCUAUUGCACACAGGCUUAGUACGAUUCGUUAUGCUGAAACGAUCUAUGUCUUCGCGGAUGGGAAGAUAGUGGAACACGGAACACACGAGGAGCUCCAGCGUCGGAGAGGACAGUAUUACGAGAUGUGUCUGACGCAGGCGUUGGACAAUAAUGAGGUGACGAAGUAA